AGCAGGAGGCAGGUCCCAGAAAGCACGCAGCUGAGGCUGCAGCCGCUGCCUGGAGAGGGGCGCACAGGGAGGCAACGCGGCGAGAACCACCGCUCUGACGCACCGGUUUCUCUCCAGGCACUCACACUCUCCGGGCACCCAGCUUCUCCCCGACUCGGGAAAUGCUCGGCUCUGGGCGCCCAGCUCGCUGUCUCCGCCGAGGUGAAGAGCCCUGGGCACGUGGCAGCCUUGGCGGGCUCCGGCGGAGAGACGCGGCCCCUCGGCUCCGCUUGCCCCGCCUCUGAGGGCUUCGGACCUGCGGCGGCUUGCAGCCCAACGCGCUCGUCGUCGCCAGACCGUCUCCCACAGAUGCUCACUGACAGGAGGUUGGGGCGGGUUUCGCAGGCACCCCCCUCAAACCCCGCCCCUGGCCAGAGGUUACAAACCUCCAGAGUGGCUCCCGUAAGUUCUCCUGAGCCCCCUCUGCACGCGCCCUGGGGCGUUCUCCUGACCCCGACAUGGAUUUGCCUGGGAACCAAACCUACUUGUCCCUCUCCAGCCCCUCCCCUUUGGAGACCAACCGCAGCCUCGGCGCAGGAGACCCGCGCCCCAGCUCGCCGCUCCUCUCUGUCUUCGGCGUGCUCGUCCUGACCUUGCUGGGAUGUCUGGUGGCGGCGACGUUUGCCUGGAACCUGCUGGUGCUGGUGACCAUUCUCCGCGUGCGCACCUUCCACCGCGUCCCGCACAACCUGGUGGCGUCCAUGGCCAUCUCAGACGUGCUGGUGGCCGCCCUGGUCAUGCCACUGAGCCUGGUGCAUGAGUUGUCCGGGCACCGCUGGCAGCUGGGCCGGCGGCUGUGCCAGCUGUGGGUCGCGUGCGACGUGCUGUGCUGCACGGCCAGCAUCUGGAAUGUGACGGCCAUCGCGCUGGACCGCUACUGGUCCAUCACCCGCCACCUGGAAUACACGCUGCGAGCCCGCAAGCGCGUCUCCAACGUUAUGAUCGCGCUCACCUGGGCGCUGUCCGCGGUCAUCUCGCUGGCCCCGCUGCUCUUCGCCUGGGGCGAAACCUACUCCGAGGGCAGCGAGCAGUGCCAGGUGAGCCGGGAGCCCUCCUACACCGUGUUCUCCACCGUGGGCGCCUUCUACCUGCCGCUCUGCGUGGUGCUCUUCGUGUACUGGAAGAUCUACAAGGCCACCAGGUUCCGCGUGGGCUCCCGCAAGACCAACAGCGUCUCCCCCGAGCCGGAAGCUGUGGAGCUGAAGGCCCCUGCGCAGCAGCCCCAGAUGGCGUUCACGGCCCGCCACGCCACUGUCACCUUCCGGACAGAAGGGGACACCUGGAGGGAGCAGAAGGACCAGAAAGCCGCCCUGAUGGUGGGUAUCCUCAUCGGGGUGUUUGUGUUCUGCUGGACCCCCUUCUUCACCACGGAGCUCGUCAGCCCCCUCUGCUCCUGCGACCUCCCCACCAUCUGGAAGAGCAUCUUCCUGUGGCUGGGCUACUCCAACUCCUUCUUCAACCCCCUCACCUACACGGCUUUCAACAAGAACUACAACAGCGCCUUCAAGAACUUCUUUUCUCGGCAACACUGAGUCUGAGGCCUCGGGGUAAGAAGGAGCUGUUGCCACAACUCAGUGCAAUUCCCAGCCCCACGCGUGUCCCCAGCGCCACCCAGCACUGCCUGGAAGAGAGACCCUCGCGCUCUCCAGGGUCGUCUUCACAAGGAAGAGAGUGUCACUUCCUCGCUCCUCGGCAGGAACGUGGGUCUCCAGGAGCAGACUAGGGGCGUGGCCUGAUUUAUCUGCUGCUUCUCCCUCUGCAGCGACCAGCCACGGACUUGGCCCAGACAGCGCCCUUUCCUCUCCGGGACCCACGCCAGCACGGUUAUCGUCCUCGUCCUUGAGAGGUCACACAAGGCAGAUGAGAGGGAGGACACGCAACAGUAUGGGCAGGUUGAAAUGAAUUUCAAAAAGUAAAUAAGAAGUUGUAAGGGGGACACCUGGGAAGUGGGAAACCAUAAUUCCAAGCGUUCCAAGAACCCCCGUUUCAAACAUUCUGUUGUCUGGGUCGUGGUAAGUUUACGUUAAUGUUUAUCAUGUAUGUCACAGUAUUUGGCCACAAAACGUGUUCUUGAAACAUAUCACAGUACAUAGCUGCAUCUGUAAGACCAAUGAAUAUUGGCUGUACGGUUUUGUUUGUGGUAAACACACACACACACACACA